GAAACAAUAGCAGAAUACCAUCUCAAUAAGAGAAAAAGCUGCUGGAAAAUUUGACUUGACAAAACAAAGAAAAUACUGUUGAGCCUCUCGUGGUCUGGUUGGUGUUUAUCGAGCCUGUAUAAUAAAGAGAGAAGGAGCAACCGAGAAAAGAGAAAAACGCGACGGGCAUUGAUUCAAAGCAGAAAGUAGCUCAAUCGAUUUAGUUGGAGAAUUGAAUUCGCAGAGAAGGUACCGGUCUGGGACUUGGUAAGCUGGUUUUGUAAUUGAAAGAAUGCUACUGUGACAAAAAGAUAAAACAGACAAACAGCGAUUUUGAAGAAAUUGGAGACUUCAUAUCUACAUCGCACAGACUAUCGCAGUUAUAAUAUAUACACUGUAAUUUCGAAAGAAGCGAUUCCUAAUUGUAAUUUUGGAUUUGCCAAGUCAGCAAGUUGAGUUAAAAAAGAAAAUACUGCAUCGAAAGUUCAUCGUUUUUCUACAAUUGUUUUGUAUUCGUUUUCACUGCUACUAUAACCGAUUAUUGUGUCAUUUUGGGGUACUGAAGAAGGAAAAGUUUGUGAAUAUUACACUGUGAAGCUACUGUUUUAGUGCAAUAAAUACCUCAACACUGCAGAGAGGGAAACGCGAAAACCGUCGUAUUCAAUCAUAUUCAGAUAGAAGAUACUUGGAAGUCCGAUAGAUCGAAGUAUCGACAUCACUCACUGUCAAUCGAUUUUUUUUACUUAUUGAAGUCAUCGAAGAGCAUUUAAUUGAAAACUUUUUGUAUUACGCGAUAUGAGAGAACUCAAUAUGGGAGUUACAGAAGACAAUGUCAUUACUCAGGACGGAUACUCCUAUGAAGAAACCGAAAAUCUGUUGCGUCAAGCAAUCACGUCACAGAUGAAGCUUAAAGACAACGUCAGCGAGCCCAUUGAAAUAAAUCAAACCAAGCGUAUGCAGGUGGCUGCAGCAGCGGCUCGCCAGCGUCGCAAGAAGAAGCGAACACGGGCUGCUGAUAGCUUUUGUACCGGCACGUUUGAAGACCUUUAUUAUGUUCAGGAAGACGGUCUCCUCGGCGAAGGAGCAUAUGCCACUGUAUGGACGUGUUACAACAAGUUUACGCACAAAGAAUAUGCCGUCAAGGUCAUCGAUAAAAACAUAGCCGGUCACAGCCGUGGCAAAGUUUUCAAGGAGAUCGAAUUGCUGCAUAUGUGCACUGGAAGUCCUAAUAUUUUACAAUUGAUCGAAUAUUUUGAAGACACUGACCGAUUUUACCUCGUUUUUGAAAAGAUGUACGGAGGAACGUUACUUCACCGAAUAGAGCAAUGCACCCAUUUCGAUGAAUCGGAGGCCUCGCGCGUUGUUCGUGAUAUUGCAAAUGCACUGGUAUAUCUUCACGAUCGAGGAAUCGCACAUCGUGAUUUGAAACCUGCUAAUAUUUUGUGUGAAAAUUCGGAGAAGGUCUCUCCAGUUAAGAUCUGCGACUUCGAUCUCGCAUCUGGUUGCCACUCCAGCCUUCGGGAUCCUGUCCGAACUCCGGAGCUAUCAUCACCCGUCGGAAGUGCCGAAUAUAUGGCACCUGAAGUAGUGGACGCGUUCGUUUUCGAAGAUACCAUCUCAUACGAUAAGCGUUGCGAUAUAUGGAGCUUAGGAGUCAUUAUGUACAUCAUGUUGAGCGGACGACCACCGUUUGUGGGAUCUUGUGGCGAAGAUUGCGGCUGGGACGUCGGUGAAGCUUGCAGGACAUGUCAGGAUACUUUGUUCGCCAGCAUUAAGAGUGGCGAAUACAGUUUCCCGGAUGAGCAAUGGUCGGAUGUAUCUGACGAAGCGAAAGACCUCAUUUCUCAUCUUUUAGUAAGGGACAGAUUGGCGAGAUACUCGGCCAACGAGAUUUUGGAGCACCCGUGGAUAAAGGGGGCUGCUCCAGAGACGCCAUUAUCGACACCCUCCAUGUUAUCGAGGCGUGAUUCCUCUGCGCACGAUCUGACGCAAUUUGCGGCUCACGCUGUUGCUUACGAACGUAAACUUGCAUGCAACGACAACGGCAUAAUGACGCUUUCGGAGUUGAGGCUUUCCGCACCUGGCAAUUCGGCACUGGCGAAACGACGUGGAGGAGACGACGACACUUUUAAGGUCAGUGUCAGCAGCGAAGAAGGAAGCGAAGGAUUGUCGGCAACUUUUACAAUCAGCGGAAAUUCGUCGGAGGUUGAUCAGCCGGAGCUGUCCGAAAGCUCUGAAGAUUCACCACCCGUGUUUUCUCCUGGAGCUCGCAAUGCAGUUGCACGUUUCGUGUCUUCCGCUGCAGAUACCUUGAGCACCACCCUUGGUUUUGGAGUAUCCGGUGUCGUCGCUGACCCGUGACGGUUAGAUACCCGGAUGUUUCAUCCAACAGUUUUCAAAUUUCUGCUGUAUAUAAUAUUGUGUCAGCAAAUGUCUCUUUUGCGCUGUUCACUGAUUACGACAACACCAGAUUGAUAGGCUUUCUUUUUAUUUCUAUUUUUUCGGAAAUUGUACGAUUUUCCUUUUUAUUGUUUUUCAAAAGUUUAACGAAUACCACGCGAAAGGGGAAAAGAGGCGAAAUUUUUGUAAGAAUUAAGUUCAAUAUGUUUUAAUAGGGAAUUUAUCUUCGGACCAAAUUGGGCAUUUUAUGAUCACCCACAUCUUGGCACAGGGGAUAAAUUUUCUAUCUUUUCUUUCCAUUCCGGACAUAUGCUUCCGCUUUUUUGUUGUUUUUUUCCUUCUCGAACUUUUCAACACUAAGAAUAAGCUAAAUUCUUGUUUAAGGCGUAUUACUUUUUAUAUUCUUUCGGCUCCAUUACAUCGGAACCUAAACUGUGCUAACACCAUCCGAGCGAAAUGAGUUUUUUCGUCCGCUCACCAUCUCUAAAAAAUGAUUAAAUUCAUGUAUUUUUUGUGUAAUUAUAAUAAUUCCUUUCCUAUGAACAACUUAGGCUAAGAUCAUAACUUUAUGCUGCUAAUUUGUCACAACUCGGUCGAAGUUAUAGGUCGCCGUUAGAGUUGAUUAUGAUGUCAUUUCCAUGUGAUUGUUUUAUUCGGUCCAUACGAACGACCACCUCGACAAAACUUUGGUAUUUAGCUUUUGAAUUUUAAUUCGAAUAGUCUUUUUUUUCCUGUUAUGUUUCAAAUAUGUGUUUCUGCCUUUUUGUACUUUAUGAAAAUUGUUUGUUAGUUUCUUCAAGAAUUUUUUUAUUGUCACGCCCACCGGUGCUUUUCACAAACCCGUUUUUUUGUCGUUCAUUUGUCCCUUUUUUGUAUCAUCGCCAAAGGUUAGCCGUUAAAAAUGCGCUCGAUUUAUUUGCAUUUGCUCUAAUGGUGAUGGUCCGAUCGUAAUUUCACCAAAUUAGGAAGAUGCAAAUAAGUUGUACCUGAUUUCAAUCAGUGUUCCUAUUAAAAAAACGAACAAUUUUGGGUUAGUAGCAAAAUUACGAACCCCGAGUUUGUUAGCUAUUUUCUGGUAUUUUGUUGUUUUACUUAUGCGCUUAUUUUUUUCGGUACGAAAUGUCUUUUUUUGGUUUCCGAUAAAAGUCAUUUCGUACCGAUUAUAUGUCGUGUUCACUUCACCAUUUCGUCCCCAUCAUGGUUCACUGUGCAGAUUUAAGAAACAUUUAUUUUGUUGAUGGGGUUUCGAUUAGAAUGUAGUACCGACUAUAUUAUAAACAACCAAACUACCACUUUAAUUCUAUUUGUGGCAGUGUCUGCAAUACACAGUAUUAUUUGAACAGGGCAAAUAUAUUUCCCAACUUUCAAUUUCAAGUCGCCAAAACGGCUCUAUAUUUGGAAAUAGUUUAAAAAUUUGCCUGGUGUUACUUUACGCAGUUAAAAAUUGAUCGGUUGAAAAAAAUAAAAAAUAAAAUUUGUUUUUUUUGGAAAUGUCAUUUUCAUUAUUGAUAAAUUUUGAAGCCCGCACGUCUUUUCAAUUUUUUUGAUUUUUCUUCUGACAUUUUUUUCUGUGUUUUUCAUGUGCUUUUUACCAAUUGCAUAAUGUUUGUUCCAUUUUUCCUGUCAUUUUCAUAUUCUGUGCAUUUCGUUUAGCUUCCCAUGGCUUUUUGUUGAUGACGUCAUUAGCAUCGUUUCUCGUUUAUGACGUCAUUAAUUUAUGCGAUCAACAGUGUCUUAUCAAUUUUCUUUCGUUUCGUUGUACGUUUUAUUGUUCUGAAAACCGCGUUUGAAUUUUUAAAUUUUCGAAUGUUAACAACAACGGGCCCCAGAGGAUGAUGUUAUCUAUGUUUAUUACUUGGCUCUCGCACGACAUUGAAAUUGCGAUUAAAUUUUACGCGUUUUUUAAUCAAUUUUUUGUUGUAAAUUUGUAACUACAAAAAAAAAGGUAGAUCGUGACACUGUUACUGUGACAUCGCGGUGGUGCCACGUUACCUGUUAUGUACAAGGUGUUUUACUAAUUGCAAAAAGAAGGCAAUUACGCUUGUCUUACAUUUGCCACAAAAUGGAAUUUUUUUCCCACUAGGAGUAGCUAAUAUCGCACUCCAGUUAUGCAGGCUAUUUUUUCAUUUUUUUGCCGUAUUUACGGUCAACGACUUUUAAUUUUUGCCAAAGCCGGAUGGUAUCUUUUCAGAAAAUGUUUUGUUUAUUAAGAAAAUGCUUAUCUUGCGAUUUUAUUCUGAUCUUAUCCAUAACUCAAAACAACAUCGAUUUGAAAUUUUUUUCCACGAAUUUUGACUGUUAUCAACCAGUAAAUAAUAAAAUAGAAUAAAAUAAACCAAAAGAAAUA